AUGAGUAUCAGAUCCAGUUUUUUAAGACAUGAUCAUGGCGUCCGAGUGCACAGACAGAAAAGUCUUCGCCAAAAAAUCGACGAGGCUUUUAAUAAAUGGGAUGACUACAAGGAGACAUUUGGAAAGUCAUAUGAACCGGAUGAAGAGAACGACUACAUGGAGGCCUUUGUGAAGAACGUGAUUCACAUUGAGGAACACAAUAAGGAACACCGUCUUGGUAGGAAAACAUUCGAAAUGGGUCUCAACGAAAUUGCUGAUUUGCCAUUCUCACAAUAUCGAAAACUCAACGGGUAUCGUAUGCGCCGCCAACUUGGCGAUUCUAUGCAGUCCAAUGGCACCAAAUUUUUGGUUCCCUUCAAUGUUCAGAUUCCGGAAUCUGUUGACUGGCGAGAGGAGGGACUUGUGACUCCAGUAAAGAAUCAGGGAAUGUGUGGAUCGUGCUGGGCAUUCUCCUCUACUGGUGCUCUAGAAGGACAACAUGCACGUGCCACUGGCAAGCUGGUUUCCCUUUCCGAGCAAAAUCUUGUCGAUUGCUCAACGAAAUACGGAAACCAUGGCUGCAACGGUGGUCUCAUGGAUUUGGCGUUUGAAUAUAUCAAGGAAAAUCAUGGUGUCGAUACCGAAGAUAGUUAUCCAUACGUCGGAAGGGUAAGGGCAAAUAAGGAAUCUGUUUCAGGAAAUGAAAUAAGCAUUGAAGGUGAACGCGAAUUUCCUUCCAUAUCAGUUGCCACUCAAGGUCCAAUUUCUAUCGCUAUUGACGCUGGUCACAGGUCAUUCCAGCUGUACAAGAAGGGAGUAUACUUUGACGAAGAGUGUUCGUCUGAAGAACUGGAUCACGGUGUUCUUCUCGUUGGAUACGGUACUGAUCCCGAAGCAGGAGAUUAUUGGCUUGUGAAGAACAGCUGGGGACCAACUUGGGGAGAGAAGGGGUACAUUCGCAUUGCCCGUAACCGCAACAAUCACUGCGGUGUUGCAACGAAGGCCAGCUAUCCGCUCGUUUAG